GCCAAGUAAACAUAAACAAACGAUUUAGGAUCCAGGCGUUAAGGAAAAAAUUAUAAGCAAAAUAAUAAUAAUCACAUAAUACAAGUUAUAAAAAACGUUUUAUUGCAGAAUAUAACAGAGUUUUUACAAAAUUAUAUUGAAAAAAGAUUAAUUUAAUUAAAAUUCAGAUGGGUAGAGUUUCAACAAGAAGGACGAAAGAUAAAGCAACCACUACGGGAAUUAAAUCAUCUACUAAGGGGACCAAGGAUAACUCAAAACGCUACCGGGAGAAAAUAAAAAAGGAUCCAAUCAAGUUUGAAGAAUAUCGCGCCAAAGAAGCUGAAAGAAGCAGGAUAUAUCGCAAGAAUCUUAAGGAAGUGGUAAAAAAGAAUAAAAGGCUUCUUAAUUUAAAGAGGGAAGCCGAUCGAGUAAGAAAACAAAGAUAUCGAGAUAAAAAGAAGGAAGAACUCGCUGAACAAAAAUCUAUGGAGGAAAUUUUGAGGAAAGUAGAGCGUGCACUACCCGCAAAAAUGUCUAAGAAAAUUGAAGUUUUAAAAGUCUUAUGUAACAAAUACCUUAAAAAUUAAAACUUUGAAAGCGGAAGGUAGUUAAAAAAUAUAUUAAGAACCAAGAAAUAUACGUUUUCUACACAUGCAGAUAGACUGUUAAAUGUCCCGAUCAAAUAUGUACUUAUGUUAUGUUCAAAUAAAAAGGAGCUAAAUGUACAAAAUUUA